UGCAUUUCACGCUUUUCCACGUCAGUAAGUUUACUCGCGCGAGUUUACUGUUGCCGGCUUGCUAAGCAUAGCGACGUUAAAUAACGUUCCAGCUUCAAACAGAGAGGAAUAACCUGGGCAUGACGUGAACCUGCUUAAAUAUUCACAAUGGUGGACAAGAAUAUAUACAUCAUUCAUGGAGAGAUAGCAACAGUGGUUGGCGCUAUCAAGAGAAACUCCAGAUAUAGUACACACACAACGCUGGAUGAAGAUCAGGACCCGCUUCUCAGCAGUUUUAGUCACCUUAAGGAGACACUCAACAAUAUCAAAGACCUCUCUGAAGUGGAGCCCAAUGUGUUUCUUCGACCCUUUUUGGAAGUUGUUCGCUCAGAGGACACAACUGGACCAAUCACAGGCCUUGCCCUCACUUCUGUCAACAAGUUCCUUUCUUAUGGCCUCAUAGAUGCCAAUCAUGAAGGAGCAGCAGAGGCGAUUGAGAACAUGGCUGAUGCAGUCACUCAUGCCAGAUUUGUGGGGACAGACCCGGCCAGCGAUGAAGUGGUACUUAUGAAAAUCCUCCAGGUUUUAAGGACUUUGCUGCUGACUCCAGUGGGUGCCCAUCUGACUAACGAGUCUGUGUGCGAGAUCAUGCAGUCCUGUUUCCGCAUUUGCUUUGAGAUGAGACUAAGUGAGCUGCUGAGGAAAUCAGCCGAACACACGCUGGUGGACAUGGUGCAGCUGCUCUUCUCCAGAUUACCACAGUUUAAAGAGGAAGCUAAAAGUUUUGUGGGGACCAACAUGAAGAAGCUGAAGAUGCGUGCUGGUGGAAUGACCGAGUCAUCCAAGUGGAAGAAACAGAAGCGUUCUCCUCGUCCCUCUCGUCACCUGGAUAUGGUUCGCAGCUCCUCAGGACAGAUGGACCAGACUCAGCUCAGCGCUCUCAGCAACAACCUCUCAGGUGGAGUGCCGUUUAUUGAGCAACAGGGUGAGGGUAGUGCAGAGUUGCCUGUUUCUGACAGUGCAGCAUCCUCUAUAUCUAGCCCUACUGCAGACAGUGGACUGUCCAACUGCUCUAAAGCCACAUCCAAGGAUGACCUCACAGACCUGGAGGGCUGCUCCACAGCCACCACUCCCAGCACUGCAACUUCCACUUAUGCCAGCAUGCUUGACACGCAGAGUGAGGGUAGACAAGUAGAACAUACUCAGUCUGCCUCAGUAGAGUCCAUUCCUGAGGUGCUUGAGGACCGAGAUUCGUUAGUGGAUCAGUCUGACGCUGCAUCCGUGCAUGACAUGGACUAUGUAAAUCCCAGAGGAGUGCGCUUCACUCAGUCUACUCAGAAAGAGGGUGCAGCUCUGAUCCCUUAUGGACUCCCAUGUCUGAGAGAGCUCUUCCGCUUUCUCAUUUCUCUCACCAACCCUCACGACCGCCACAACUCGGAUGUGAUGAAGCACAUGGGUUUGCAGCUGCUCAGCGUGGCUCUGGAGGCCACACACAUUGCUCCCUACCAGUCACUUCUGGUCCUAGUCAAAGAUGAACUCUGCAGACAUCUUAUACAGUUAUUAAGUGAAGAGCGAAUAAAUUUAUAUGCUGCCUCCAUACGAAUCUGCUUUCUUCUGUUUGAGAGCAUGCGGGGACAUCUCAAAUUUCAGCUGGAGAUUUAUUUAAAGAAGCUAAUGGACAUCAUUACCUCAGAGAACCCAAAGAUGCCCUAUGAAAUGAAGGAAAUGGCCCUUGAGGCAGUUGUGCAGCUGUGGAGAAUCCCUAGCUUUGUGACUGAGCUCUUUAUCAACUAUGACUGUGAUUUUUACUGUUCUAACCUUUUUGAGGACCUCACCAAGCUGCUCUCUAAGAAUGCUUUUCCAGUCUCUGGACAGCUCUACACAACCCAUCUUCUCUCACUUGAAGCCCUGUUAACUGUUAUAGACAGCACAGAGGCGCACUGUCAGGCCAAAGUGAUGAACAGAACUGCUGAGCAAGAGCAUUCAGAAACUUUAACAGCUGAAGGAGACGCCUCUGUCGACAGUACCACAGAUGCAGUAACAGAGGCUAGCAAGGGUUUGUUUGGUUCUAAUGGAGAGACUGUAGUAGAAUCUGGAGUGCCAUCAGUGUGUCUUCCGACCAGUGGUCAUCUCAUGGCUGAAAAGAUGAAACUGGGUAGGCAGGACCAGGAGGAGGCAGAUUCAGCUGAAAAGAAAAGUCCUAAAAAGCCUCAGCGUUUCAGCAGUUGUCUUCCAGACUCACAGGAACUGAUGAACAUUAAAAACAAGAAAAAGCUUCUUAUUACAGGAACAGAACAGUUUAAUUUGAAGCCCAAGAAGGGCAUUCAGUUUCUGCAGGAAAAAGGUCUCCUGAGCAGUCCAAUGGACACCAAUGAGGUGGCGCAGUGGCUUAGAGAAAACCCCCGUCUAGACAAAAAGAUGAUAGGAGAAUUCAUCAGUGAAAGGAACAACACAGAGUUGCUCGACAGUUUUGUCAAUACAUUUACCUUCCAAGGGCUACGUAUAGAUGAAGCACUGCGUUUGUAUCUGGAGGCUUUCCGACUUCCUGGCGAAGCACCGGUCAUUCAUCGGCUCUUGGAGACCUUCACUGACAACUGGCAUAAAGUUAACGGGAAUCCAUUCCUGUCAAAUGAUGCUGGAUUUGCUUUGGCCUAUGCUGUCAUUAUGUUGAACACGGAUCAGCACAACCACAACGUUCGCAAGCAGAAUAUUCCCAUGACUGUAGAGCAAUUCAAGAAAAAUCUGAAAGGUGUAAAUGGUGGUACAGAUUUUGAUCAGGACAUGCUGGAAGAUAUCUACAAUGCCAUCAAAAAUGAAGAAAUUGUUAUGCCUGAUGAGCAGAAAGGCUUGGUAAAGGAGAACUAUGUGUGGAGUGUGUUGCUACACAGAGGGGCCACUUCUGAGGGGAUGUUCCUUCACGUGCAUGCAGGCAGCUAUGAUCACGACCUGUUUACGAUGACCUGGGGCCCAACAAUUGCUGCCCUUUCCUUCGUGUUUGACAAGAGCUUAGAGGACACUAUUAUACAAAAAGCUAUUGCAGGCUUUAGAAAAUGUGCAAUGAUCUCAGCACACUAUGGCUUUAGUGAUGUUUUUGAUAAUUUAAUCAUCUCCCUUUGCAAGUUUACCACACUCAACAGUGAGUCUGUAGAAAACCUGCCCACAGUAUUCGGCAGCAACACCAAAGCUCAGAUAGCAGCAAAGACAAUGUUUAACCUUGCACAUCGUCAUGGUGAUAUCUUGAGAGAGGGUUGGAAGAAUAUCAUGGAUGCGAUGCUGCAGCUCUUCAGGGCUGAGCUCUUACCCAAAUCCAUGGUAGAGGUUGAGGAUUUUGUAGAGCCUAAUGGAAAGAUUUCUUUACAGCGUGAGGAGACUCCCUCAAACAGGGGCGAGUCAGCUGUACUAAGCUUUGUUAAUUGGUUAACACUGAGUGGUGGAGCAGAGCAGUCCGGACAGCGAGGCCCCUCCACUGAGAAUCAGGAGGCCAAGCAGGCUGCCCUGCUCUGUAUAAAGCAUUGUGAUCCUGAGAAACUGAUCACAGAAAGCAAGUUUCUGCAGCUAGAAUCUCUACAGGAGCUUAUGAAGGCCCUCAUCUCAGUGACGCCUGAUGAAGAGACGUAUGAUGAAGAAGACGCUGCUUUCUGUCUAGAGAUGCUUCUGCGCAUUGUUCUAGAAAAUAGGGACCGGGUAUCAUGUGUGUGGCAGACUGUUCGUGCCCGUUUGUAUCACCUGUGCGUGCAUGCCAAUGAAAGUUGCUUCCUGGUGGAAAGAGCUGUAGUGGGACUGCUGAGACUUGCUAUACGUUUGCUGCGCCGAGAGGACAUCAGCUCACAGGUACUGCUCUCUCUACGCCUGCUACUGAUAAUGAAGCCCCACGUGUUGUCCAGAGUGAGUCGAGAGGUUGCCUAUGGUCUACACGAGCUGCUCAAAACCAAUGCGGCCAACAUCCACUGCACUGAUGAUUGGUACACUCUUUUUACAUUGUUGGAGUGCAUCGGUGCUGGAGUCAAACCUCCAGCUGCACUGCAGAUCACCAGCAGCAACCCUGACAGUGACACAGGUGCUCAGUCUGACAGUGAAGUGAGCUCAUACCACCAAAGUGAAGUCACUUUGGACCGAGGCUACACCUCUGACUCUGAGGUCUACACCGAACACAGCAGGCCCAGAUUACCCCGCUCUGCCACUGAGGUUGAAGUGGGAUGGCUUGUGGUUGGUAAGGAUGACCUAGAAAACAGUAAGGCAUCUCUUGCUCCUGACUCUAAGUCUCAGACUCCUCUUAUUAACCAGUACAGUUUAACCUUGGGUCAAGACCUGGGCCUGCAUGAUACGAAGUCCCUAAUCAAGUGCGUGGAGUCACUGUCUUUCAUUGUACGCGAUGCUGCACACGUCACGCCUGAGAACUUUGAACUUUGUGUAAAAGCCAUCCGAGUGUUUGUUGAAGCCAGUCUUAAUGGAGGUUAUCGCACUCAUGAGAAAAAAAAGAGCCACAGAUAUGAUUCAAAAGCUAGUAGGCAAAGGAAGAAGCCACGGGAGAAAGACGGUGUGUCCCGACGUGCUAAGCCCACUAGUCAGCGACCCUCUCGUUCCCAUAGUGACGACGAGGAGGAUGAGGGGGUGCCAGCAAGCUACCAUACAGUGUCUUUACAGGUUAGUCAGGACUUGUUAGAUCUGAUGCACACGCUGCAUACCCGGGCAGCCAGUAUCUACAGCUCAUGGGCAGAAGAACAGCGCCAUCUGGAGGCCAGUGGAAAGAAGAUUGAAGCUGACUCUCAAACAUUGUGGUCAAGCUGCUGGUGUCCUUUGCUCCAAGGUAUGGCCUGGCUGUGCUGUGAUGCUCGGAGGCAGGUUCGGAUGCAGGCCCUCACUUACCUCCAGAGGGCCCUCCUUGUACAUGAUCUGCAAACACUGGAUGCUGUGGAGUGGGAAUCCUGUUUCAACAAGGUUUUGUUUCCGCUGCUAACUAAGCUCUUGGACAACAUCAGCCCAGCAGAUGUCGGCGGUAUGGAGGAGACCAGGAUGAGGGCCUGCACACUGCUCUCCAAGGUGUUCCUCCAGCAUCUCUCGCCACUGCUUUCUCUGCCUACCUUUGCUGCUCUUUGGCUUACUAUCUUGGACUUCAUGGACAAGUACAUGCAUGCUGGCUCCAGUGACCUCCUGUUGGAAGCCAUACCUGAGUCUCUAAAAAACAUGCUGCUGGUCAUGGACACAGCUGGGAUCUUCCAUUGUGCAGACUCUCGUACAGGCUACUCUGAUCUCUGGGAGAUCACUUGGGAGAGGAUCGACUGCUUCCUACCCCACCUUAGAGAGGAGCUUUUCAAGCAAGCCGUCAUGCCAGAACCUGUCCCCAGUGUUCCUGUAGAGCCUACUCCUGCUUCUUUUCCGAUUUCUCCACCCUCUCCACCGGUGCCAUCCCCUGUACCAGUGUCAACUGCCCCUACAGAGCCAAAGACCCCCAGCAGACCUGCAUCUCCUCAGGACUUACAAACACCCAGUGCCAAUGGAAAUGAUAGAUCAUCUCCAGUGCCUCCCUCCACUCCUCCAAUGCCUACUCCAGUUAAAAGCUCGUCUGAAUCCCCACCCUCUCUCACUCAGUCUCCUCUAAUACUCCAGCCUCUAGCAUCUCCACUGCAGGUGGGAGUACCCCCCAUGUCCCUGCCAAUCAUUUUAAAUCCCGCCCUUAUAGAAGCCACAUCGCCUGUACCCCUGCUUCCAGCACCUCGUCCAGCUGGACCUGCUGACACAUCUGAGGUCAAAUUAAACAUGCAAGAUUAUCCUUGAGCAUCUAGAAGAGGACACUGAAGGAUCGUUCUCCCUCUCGUGCUGCCGUUCUCUCUCUGCAUUAAAUGCUCUGACUUGCCUCACAGUCAGCACGAAUGAAUACAUUACAUAAGACCUGAAAAGAGUGAUGGAGAGCUAAAGAGAGGGAAGUGCAAUUGACAUGCUUCUUAUUUCCCCACAUUUAACAUUUAAACAUAAGAUAUACUGUGCCCAGUGCUGUUGAUCACACAAGCCUUCACCUUCCAAUUUGCAGAAAUAUUUAUUCAGAUUAGCAGUGCAAACCUGGAAUGAAGGACAGAUCUACAGUGAUGGGUCCAGGUAUGGCACUGAUUCAGGUUUAUAUUUUUACCCAUUUGUGCAGAUUUAAUAUAUUGAAUAUUGAAAUACAGUGUCCUACACCUAAAAAUUAUUGGAACAGACGUAUCAGUAAACUAUCCAGUUUAGGCUUAGCAUGAUCUGUACUUAAUAGUGUUUUUUUUCUGGGGUAAAAGGACUGCAGGAGCAUGGAACCAUAGAAAUUAAUCUCGCACUAAUUCUCCACACCACUCAAUAUAAUUUAAACUGUAUAGUAACAAUAAACAUAAUUUAUGUUUACAUAUUUGCUUUCCUACGCUUUUGCAUAGUUAUUUUGUGUUCUAAGUUGACCAUGAUAAUUUCAGAAAUGUUUGUCCUGCAUUUCACCAUUCUAAAAUAUCUGUCAAAAUGUAGUGUUUUUAAUGAGAAUUGAAUCUACAUCAUCUUGGGAAUUCUCUAAUCUAAAGACAGAGAAGAUCCACUUGUUUAAUGAACACUACAAGUAGAACAUUCCAGGUUUGUUCCCAAGUCAAUCCUGUUAGCAAUGGUUUUAAAUGGGUAAAUGUGCUGUCCACACAGAUCCGCAUGCCAGGUUUUAUUUUUGUUUUGUUUUUAGUCCUGAUAAGUCUUAAAGAUAUUGUAACUGAGAACAGUGUUGGGGGUCACAUUGUGUUACUAUUUCUGAUGUUGCUGUAAUUCGCCUAAAGAUUUCUCGCAUUUCUUCAAAUAUAUAUGUACACAAAAAAAAUCUUUGAAAUGGAAGUAAACAAGUCAAGUCCAUUUCAUUGAUUAUUGGUUUAAAAACAGGCCAACAAAAGACUAGUUUUUGCUCCAGGUCUUAAUUUUUUUGCAGACUGGCUUCAUACUAUUAUGGAUGUUGGACAAAACUUGUGUGUUAAGUUGGAGUAAUCACAAUGACGUCCUCUGCUCCUGAGGUUCAGAAUCAUUUAGAAAUCAGUUGCUUUAAGUUGUGAAACUGGGAUGCCACUGCAUUGAUUCAGACAGAAUAAGAGUCAUUACCCAAAAUGAAGGUAGCAGUGGAGGGCUUUUAUUUAAUUCUCCAGUCAACAGGAAUCACAUACAAAUAUGUAUAUAUAAAUAAAAUGUACUUUUUACAAUCUAAUAAAUGAUAUAAAUGAA